CGCGGCCCCGCCAUGGGAGCCGGGCGCGGGGAGACCCGAGCCGGCCCGAGCCGCCGCCGGGGCUGAGCGCGGCGCAGCGCAGGGACUGUGGCUUUACGAAGCGCUUCCCUCCGAUGUGAAUGCAGUGUCCCCUGUGGGAUGCAGUAGGUGAUGCCCAGCUCUACUGCAAUGGCAAUUGGAGCUUUCUCUAGUUCUCUUCUCGUAACCUGCUGCCUCAUGGUUGCCCUCUGUAGCUCCACCGUUCCCGUACAAAAACUGGCCAAGGCUCAAGACAAACAGGAGAUAAAGGCGAGCCAGGAAAAGAGAGAUCACACUUCUGCAAGGGACAGCCAGACAGGUCCUGGGAAAAUGAAUGAGAUCGGCAGGAGCGGGAGGGAGGAGGGUAGCAGGGACUGGAAGAGCAAAGGAAACAGGAACUACUCGAACAAGGAGUCUUGGACUAAGCAAAAGCAGGCUUGGAGCAGCCAGGGGACAAGCAGUAAAUCUGGGAGCAUUCAAGUGCAAGAGCAAAGGGAUGCUGCUCCUGAGGAACCUCAGGUGGCUGAAGAUUCCUCUCUCCCAGCAUCUGUUGCGAGCAUCACUCCCGAGCCCCCGGAGGAGUACGCCUAUCCGGACUACCGUGGGAAAGGCUGCGUGGACGAGAGCGGCUUCGUCUAUGCCAUCGGGGAGAAGUUUACGCCGGGCCCCUCCGCCUGCCCCUGCCUCUGCACUGAGGAGGGCCCGCUAUGUAUCCAGCCCGAGUGCCCCAGGCUCCACCCUCGCUGCAUCCAUGUGGACACCACGCAGUGCUGCCCGCAGUGCAAGGAGAGGAAGAACUACUGCGAGUUCCGAGGGAAAACCUACCAGACCCUAGAGGAGUUCAUGGUUUCUCCGUGCGAGAGGUGUCGCUGUGAGGCCAAUGGCGAAGUGCUGUGCACGGUGUCAGCCUGUCCCCAGACCGAGUGCGUGGAUCCCGUGUACGAACCUGACCAGUGCUGCCCCAUCUGCAAAAAUGGCCCGAACUGCUUUGCAGAAACCCUGGUGAUUCCAGCAGGCCGGGAGGUGAAAACUGACGAAUGCACUAUAUGUCACUGUACUUACGAAGAAGGCACGUGGAGGAUUGAACGGCAAGCCAUGUGCACUAGACAUGAAUGCAAGCAAAUAUAGGAAAUCUACAAAUCUACAGACUUUUCGUGGUUUUUAUAAAAUAUCCCACAGCAGUGAGCACCUGAGAUGACCCAGGGAAAUCCGAAUGAGAAGAUUCUGGCGAGGAGCAAGGAAUAAAAUACUGAUAUUUUGUUUUUCAAAGUAACAAUACUGCAAGGCAAAGAAGUGCAUAUAUUUAAAACAUUUGGACAUAAGAAUACCUGUCUUAAAUGUGUUAUUUUCACAGUGAGUACACUUAAAUACACUAUAAAAUAUUCUAUGUAUUUCUAUAAUACCAUUAUAGAGCUUAAAAAUAAAUGUUUUAUAUAGACAAUACAGAUUGAAGUACUGU